AUGGCACCCAAGGCCAAGGAGAAGCCCAAGCCCCAAUCCAUCUCCCUCGAAGACCUCUUCUCCUCGCUCCACAGCCAUAUCCAGAACUACGAGUACAAGCAGGCGGCGAAGGUCGCAGAUCAAGUUCUCGCGAUCGCCCCUGGAGAUGAGGACGCCGUGCGGUGUAAGGUCGUGGCGUUGAUCAAGUCAGAUGCCAUUGAUAAAACUUUGUCGGCGAUUCAAGCUUUCGAGGGCCUGCCAAUAGAUCUUAGAUUUUAUAAGGCAUAUUGUUUGUACAGGAAAAACAAAAUAAAUGAAGCACUCAAGUUGUUAGAUGGUCUAGAAAGAGAUCCAAUGGUUCUGCAAUUGGAAUCUCAGAUACUUUAUCGGUUAGGAAGAAUGGGUGCUUGCAUGGAAAGUUAUGAGAAGAUUCAAAAAUUCAAGAUCGACUCUUUAGAUUUAAAAACAAAUAUUAUUGCUGCUCUCAUCUCUGCUGGAAGGGCUACUGAAGUUCAGGGAAUGAUGGAUGGACUCAAAGUCAAAGCUUCGAGCAGCUUUGAGCUAGCAUAUAACAAUGCCUGCUCCUUGAUUGAAAAGAAAAAAUAUGCAGAAGCUGAACAGCAAUUGCUUUCAGCUCGAAGAAUUGGGCAGGAAAUGCUAAUGGAGGAGGACUAUGCUGAGGAUGAGAUUGAAAGUGAACUAGCUCCAAUUGCUGUCCAGAUCGCCUAUGUGCAGCAGUUGCUGGGACGAACUCAAGAAGCAGUUGAAGCUUACAUGGGUAUAAUAAAUCGGAAUCUGGCUGAUGCUUCAUCGCUUGCAGUUGCAACAAGUAAUCUUAUUGCACUGAGGGGUGGAAAGGAUGUUUCAGAUAGCCUGAGGAAGCUUGAUCGGCUAAUAGAGAAAGUUGGUGGUGCACAGCCCUUCCAGCUUGCUAAUGGUCUUGACUUCAAGCUAUCCACAAGACAAAAAGAAGCCAUAUAUUCAAACUAUCUGCUUCUACUUCUUCAGGCAAAUAAGAUAAAUCAGGCUCAAGAGCUUGUGUCUGCACUUCCAGACAUCCUGCAAGACAGCUCGACACCUGCUCUGCUUCAAGCUGCAGUGCUUGUGAGAGAAAAAAAGGUUCCAAAAGCGGAAGAGAUCCUUGCCCAACUUGCAGAGAAAUUCCCUGAGAAAUCCAAGCCGAUCCUUCUUGUCCGAGCUCAAAUUGCUGCUGCUGCUGGUCACUUCCAGAUUUCUGCCGAGUCCUUGUCCAAAAUACCUGAUAUCCAACACAUGCCUGCCACUGUUGCCACAAUAGUUUCUUUAAAAGAGCGCAUUGGAGAUUUUGGUGAUGCUGCUGCGGUGCUCGACUCUGCAAUCCAAUGGUGGAAGAAUGCAAUGAUAGAGGAGAAUAAGCUUGAUGUGAUCAUGCAGGAGGCUGCAUCUUUUAAGCUCAACCACGGACGCGAGGAAGAGGCCUCUCAGUUAUAUGAAGAGCUCGUGAAGAGCCAUGGGAGUGUUGAGGCUUUGGUGGGUCUCAUAAUGACUGCUGCAUGCACUGAUCUUGAGAAAGCUGAGUUUUACGAGAAGCAGUUGAGGGCAUUGUCAGGUCUGAAGGGAAUCAAUGUGGAUAGCCUGGAGAAGACAUCUGGGGCGAAGCAUGUUCAAGGUGCACAUGUGGCCAGGCAAGAAGUUUCUGAGGAAACAAAGAAGGCAAGGGCGAAGAAGAGGAAGCGAAAGCCUAGGUACCCAAAGGGUUUUGAUCCGGCAAAUCCCGGGCCUCCACCAGACCCUGAGAGAUGGUUGCCCAAGAGAGAGAGAUCGAGCUAUAGGCCCAAGAGGAAGGAUAAGAGAGCUCAGGUAAGGGGUUCUCAGGGGGCAGUUGUCCGGGAGAAACAUGAUGCUGCUGCUACAGCAAACACCAGUAGCUCCUCGGGCAGUGUUCCUAGUUCGAAAUCAGGCCAAGGCACUGCUGGCUCGUCGAAAGGUGGGUCUCAAAAUGUAACAAGCUCCGAGCAGCCCAAAGCUUCGAGCAAGUCAAGGAAGAAGAAGUCUAGAUCUUAGGACAGCAGAACACCGCCACAAUAUUUGAACUUUUUUUGGAAUUCUUCUCCAAUUUUUUUUUCAUCUUAGGACUGUUUCUGCAUUUUUGAGGCUUGAUUGUCUUUUAGACUCCAGUCUUUCAGCUUUUGUCAGGUGGAAACUAACAAUGAGUAUAUGAUAGAAUUGAGGCAUGAUCUGAGGUGCCGUGUGGUUAAAGUGCUGA